AUGGGAGAGGAGGAAGGAAAAGAAGAGAAGAGGCCCCAGGCGACAGUAGAGGGCAACCUGGAGGAGGUACCUACUGACAAUCUCCUACAGGAAGAAGAAAGCCUGUCAAGGAAGUGCCCUACGUGCAUUGAAAGUGCCCCACCCCUAAGUGCUAUUGAAAAGGCGGAGAUUAUUCAGGACUUGCUAAGAGACUACCUGUCAAGGAAGAAGGUGACUAAAGAGAUACAGUAUUAUUUUAAUUCCAAAUUUAGGGCAAUAACCAACAUAAUAGUUGGAAUGGAGGCAGUAGCCCUAUUCGUAGAAAAUAAUAGAACUGAUGUGCGGACAACUCCAGUGCGGACAACACCAGUGCGGAUAACACCAGUGCGGACAAGCCGUGACGUCUUUACCAACGAAGGCACACCGUUGGUAGAAAGGAGGACAACCGGAGACAUAGGUGCGACCCCAGUGAGCAUGGGGAGGAAGAUAGAAGUCCCGACCGACAGGGGUAGAACCGUGGAGGAGCCCAUGAGGGACGAAGAAACCCAGUGGAGCGUGGUGGGAAAAAGGCGUCGAAGGAAGAAAGAAGGGAAUAAAACCACAGAGAAGAAGCUCACAUUUGCCAGCGUCCUGGCCAGCGUGCCCGUCUCACAGAAGAAUGACAGCACGAACACCUUCAUCACGCUCAAGGGAGUGACGGAGGGGUGGACGAUGGCUGACAUCCACAAGCAGCUGCCAACCGAGGAGGAGCUGCAGGAGAUUGGUGUCAGCGCCAAAGUUGUUAGACCACUGAGCGAUGGAAAAGUGGUCCUAGUCAGGACGGAGGGGUUGGUGCAGGCCAACAAAAUCUUGGAGUGGGAUCGCCUCAAGGAGCAAGGACUGGAGGCGAGGCUGACCACAUCGCGACCCCCCCCCCCCGACUGGAGGUCAAGGGAGUACCCAGGCACUGGGUACCCAUGCUGCCGGAACUGCAAGGCGCAAGAUAGGAAGGGGAGAAAUUCCCAGCACUGUGCGGGCAGCAGGGAAUGCCCGAUAUACCUGGAGAUAAUAGUCAGGCAGGCCAAACUGACCAGAUAUGGAUAA